AUGUCAUGUGAACAACUUCUGAAUGAUCUACACUACAGGUGCUAUACAAACUGUUUAAAUUGGUAUGGAAGUUCAUAUCAAGUUUAUUUCAUAUCAGUUUCAUAUCAAAUAAUUCUGUUAUCAGAAUAGCACUGUCUAAGCAGCUUACAAUUGUUUUGACAGAAACAAUGACAGAUAAACAGAUGGGUUAUUGAAAAGUUUGGGAUUUGUAUUCAUAUCUUGACGAAGGAACUACAGGUUGGUGAUUUACCAGGAACAUUCCACUUGACCUCCGCAGGAAGACAAUGGCAGUUAUGGACAGCCAUCCUCCAGUAAACCUUAUACGAUCCAUAUUUCUCUGUAACAUCUUCAACUUCUUCCUUGCUGCAGGAAAAUCAUGCUUGAUUCCCUUCCUUACCCUAUACUUCAAGAAACUUGGACUCUCCCCCAGUCAAGCUGGACUUAUUAUUGGAGCUAAGACUUUCGUGGGGCUUGUGUUUGCCCCGCUGUGGUCUCGAUGUGCAGUAAGGUGUGGGAAGAGAAGGCUUGUCCUCAUGUUUUCUCUCCUUGUUAUGGCCAGUACAUACUUAUCAUUGACUGCAGUGCCCAGUUUCGAUAACAAUGCGUUUGCAUCAAGAUGUGAAGUGACACCUCCCUUCAAUGAAUCUCAGUGGGAAACAAAACCUUCCACACAAACCAUAGUUCAGCCAGAACAAAAUGUUAAUACUAGUGUGGAUAACAACUUAAAUGAUAUUAAUUCUGUAACUAUUAAUUAUUUUAAUGAAAACAAGGGAAAAAAUACCAACAAUACUCAAGCCAUUGAAUUGAAACCUACUGCUGCUUCAAAGCCAACUGAUAGCCCUGAGGAUGAAUCUCAGGCUAAUGAAAUGGCCAACAAACCUGCUACAAGGAUUCCAGAUUUAACAUCGAGUGCCACUACACAGGCCAAACGUUCAACAGAAUUAUCUAUUGCAGAAUCUGAUGACUUAAAAAAUCUUUUACAACAAAUUCUUGUCAAUAUAGGAAUGACACCAAAUAGAGUGAGUCAGUUUGAUGAAGAUAAAAUGAUUCAACUUAUUAAUGGUAUGAUGGAAAAUGAAGAAGGAAAAUCUUUAUUAUAUAAGGCAAUAGCGAAGCUGUCACUGGAACAACAGAGUUUGCUUGGCAAAUUAGAUGGAAUAAGAAAACGUAGAUCUUUGUCAAAAGAUGAAGCCACAAGUGAUACAACUGAUACAUCAGGGACUGGAGUUAUACAAAAAAUACUGAAACAAGUGAAUGACUUUAGGGACCAAUUGAUUGAAACUGAAUACCACAUGUUUGUGGUUGUUAUGGUAAUUUUAAUGGUCGGAGAAUCAUUCUGUUGCCCAAUAGAGAAAGUUGCGGAUGAUGGCUGGUUUGAAUUUUUAGAAAGCAUCGAUGAUAUGGAGAAAUAUGGCAUGCAAAGAAUAUGGACUACAUUUGCAUACAUACUCUUUCCAUUUAUUAUAACAUUGGCUGUUGACAAUACAAACUGCCUGUUUGGCCUGUCUGUUCACCCAUUCAUGCUGCAUUUCUACCUGUUUGGUGCUCUGAUUGGCAUAACCUUCAUUAUUGCUUUCUUUUUCCCGAUGACAACAAUGGAUAAAUACCGGUAUGCCAGCAAGGUUGGUAAAGGUAUGAAAAUGAUAUGCUGUAACCUGCGGAGUAUGUUGCUGAUGAUCACCUUGUUGUUAAUGGGCGUGGUCUAUGCUAGCUACUACAACUUCCUGUUUUGGCUCCUGGAGGACCUGGGCAGCCAGGAGCUCACCAUGGGCAUGUGUCUGGCCCUGGCAGCCCUCGCAGAAAUCCCCAUGUUGCUUUUCAAUGAAAAGCUCAUCAAGAAGAUUGGAAAUGGUGGGGUUAUGGGCUUGUCGCUGUUGUUUUUGUCGGCACGGUGUCUGUACUACUCAUUCCUGGUCACUCCCUGGGCAGUGCUACCAGCAGAGUUGAGUCAUGCUUUCACCCACACAGCCAUGUGGUGGGCUGUUCUCAGUAGCCCCUCAUUCAACACAUCUCCGGCUCUCACUAGAAGCAUCAGGUCACUACUGUCCUCAGUCUACUUCGGUAUUGGAUUUGGAAUGGGCAGCAUCGUGUCCGGCUUUGUGUAUGAACUAUACAGUUCAGCAAUCUUGUUUCAAGCCGGAGCUGUGCUGGCUAUCGGUUGGUUCCCAGUACUGUGUAUUGGUGUGCGUUGCUGUCGGGAGAAAGACCGAAGCCAGGUGAAGUACACGCGCCUGUUGACCUCAGAUGAUGCCUCUGACACAGACUCCAUGGAGGAUGAUUGGUUAGAAGAAGCUCUGAAAGAUCGUUGAUCAACCUCUAUUUUUAGAUUUAGAAGUAUGGAUUAGUUAAGUUGUACAAUAGGAUGUUUUGAAUUACAGGCCUAAGGUUAUGCAUUGUAUCUACUAAUUCUUCUUUAAACAACUUUAAAAAUUUGAAGUUGUCAAGAAAUAGUUACUGCACACACAACUGUAAGUUUUUAAAAUUAUACACAAGUGCCUCAACUAUUGUAGUGGGUGAUGUAACUGUUUUAUACCAUGUUGUUUAGAGCAAGGUUCAAUAACUAGUGUGUGUGUAAGUGAGUAGCAUUAUUAUAAUAUAUAUAUCCACACAAUAGUUAUUGCACAAUUAAGCUCCGCCUAAUUUUAACCUUCAAAUAUGGAGGUAAAUGUAUAAUUGUAUGAAAGAAAGAAAAAAACACUCCAACAGCGUACAAGCUUUGUGAAAGCAAUCUUCUAACUAGCUUUAAAUAGUUUUUUAGUUAAUUUUAAAUUUAUGAACACAAAAACACAUACAUUUGUGAAAUGUUAUCAUGACGUGCUUUAAUUUCUUCAGGAAGCUCAUUCACUCAAUUGAUAUUUGUGGUAUGUUUACGUUUAACAUGAAAAGUUCAAUUAAUGAGGUUUCAGUAACUGUUGUAUUUGCACUUUUUAUUGUGAAUCUAAAUGAUUCCAGAAUUAUAACUUUAAAUGUAUUUAAUUUUUUUAUUUCUGCUCAUUUAUUAACAUUCCUUGUAUAAGAAAUUCCAAGAUAUAUUUGAUUUACAUAUAAAUAUUUUGUUUUUGUUGUAUAACUUAUACGCAAGCAUGUAAGCUUUACUCCUAUCUGUGCAUAAUGAGGUUUAUUCCAAGAUUCUGAGAUUGUGUUCUCUGUAUUAUUUACAUGCAUGUUUUCAUUUACAUUUAAGCUGUCUUCCACAUUUAUGAUGAAAUGCUAAUACUUCAUUAAUUGAUGUUUAUUUUUUUAUAUUCUGUUGUUCUCGUGCCUGUCAAUUGAAAGCGCAAUAUUUAUAUACUAGUAAUUUAGCAAAUUUGUCUAGUAAUAGUUGUUUAUUUGAGUCAUGUGAUCUUUAAGCUUCCCAUCCAUUAUCAAUAAAAUUGACAAUGAUAUUGAAUGUGAGAGAAUUGAUCAGUAUAUUGAAGAAAUCAGAGAGCAUUAAUAUACAACUUGUCUAUAUCAUCAAUUUCCUACUACCAUAGAAUGUUUUUUUUGAGAACAAAUUAUUUGGUAGCAUAUAAUAUAUUUUCAAAUUUAAAGUUUUAUUGAUCGGGGAUGGGCUGCUUUUAUUAAUUCUUCAAAAUUGUGCAAUCUUCAAAACAUUAAUGCAUAGUGAGUACAUGACAAACAAUUAUCCAGAAAAUAAAUGAAUGUUCUCAUUUAAGUUGUUUUGAAGCUUCAGCUGUCGCAUGGAGCAUUAUAUUUUCAUGAUUUUGUUAUAAAAGCAAGGUGCUAUAAGUCUUAUACAUGUAUGUACAAUAUCCAAAAAAAAUUCAAAAUAAUUUGAAAAGUUUUGAAAGAUUGUGAUACAGUAAUUAGUUUUGACAUUGAAAAAUCUGAAAAUGCUGCUACUUCGUGAUAUAUAUCGAUAUUGUAGAGCUUUACAAUGUGUAUAAUUACUUCUUUACAUGAUGGGUGUUAACAAUGAUCACCGGUAUUAUGCCUUAUAUUUGCUUUUCUAAUGUGUUUCAAUAGAUUCGUGACAGAAAUUUUAAAUAAUGAAUGAACUUCUUAAUAUAGCUGUCAAUGUAAUGUAAAGCUAACCCUUCAUUUUGUUGUUCUACAACAGUGACUCAGACUGUACUAUAUUGUGUGCCAAUCUAUAUAUAUGGUUAAAAAGGAGAUUUUUUUAUUUGGUUGAAAAAAAACUUUAAUGUUAUCAAAAUAUUAUUUUAUUUUUUAUAUUUUAGCUUGGUUUGUAACGUAAUUUAUUGAUGAAUGGAAGGUUUAAAUGAAAUUGGCACACAUAUGUCCACCAAAAAGAAAUGAUUAAUCAUUUGUUGAGCACAAAACCUAGGUGUUAUGUCAAGGUCACUGGAACAAAUAAUUUUAAGUUUCAGACUAUUACCCAGCUAGUGUUGUGAUGGACUCAACACCAUUCCAAUUUUGCUGACAAUGCAUAAUUUUCAAAAUGCAAAAUUUCUGCUAUAGUGUAUAGUUGUUAUAUAGUUUCAUAUACUUGAAAAUAAGUCUUCCACCUGAUCUUCUGUGCCUUAAACGUGUGCCUUAAUUGUUGUAAUUAUAUGUUCUGAUUAGUAAGAAUUGUUUCUCUUUGACAUUUGUUUUGAACAAUUAAUGUACAUCAGAGACCCUCAUCAAUCAUUAUAUAUCAUAAAAUGUAAUUAAUGGAUUUUGCAAUUCUUUGAAUUUCAGUUUUGCUAUAUUAGCUUUAUCUGCUCUCUAACUUACUAUUGUUCAUUUAUCAUAGUGACAAUGUGUAGCAGCAUUGGCAUAAUAACCUGAUAACCGUUUAACUGGUUUCAGACUCCUGGAAUUAUCUCUAAUUGCUAGCUGUGUUAUGACAGAUUUUAUGACAGACAGCUACUGCCUCGCUGUUCUCUUGUUAUGUUGCUGGCUGUAACAUUACUUCUAGUUCUCAAGUUUAUAGUAUGUUUAUUGUGCCACUGACCGCAUUUAUACAAAUUUUGUUUUGCUAUUUUAUAUAUAUUUGAAAUCCAUCACACUAGCUUUACUUUUCAAUCCUGUAACUGACAUGUUCUUUAUGUGCCUUAUGUUGUGAAUACAUAUAUAUAUGGCUGUGUUAGUGACUGCAAUACUGUUACUGUUUUAUUUUCCUUGUUAAAAGUAUUUUAGUUUAUACAUACAUAGUUUAUGAGAAAACUUCUAUUAGGUGUUGGCAAAUUAAAUAAAUGUUUCUUUCUUAA